AUGAAGUGCGCAGUGUGCAAUGUCGGGACCCGCGGUGAUCUGCAGCCUCUCAUUGCACUGGGGCUGGGUCUCCAGAAGAAGGGUUGGGAUGUCGUCGUCAUUUCUGAAGAGCGCAUCAGGCCUUUGGUGGAGGAGUUCGAUCUGGAGUUUCGAAGUAUCGCGGGCGAUUCCACCGGAAUCAUCUUCGAGCAGGAGUAUGCCGAGAUGCUGGCCAAAGGCAAGCUGAUGGCCAUGAUGCAGGAGACGCAGAAAAGGAAGGCCACCUGGUACGAACAGUUCUUGACGGAUCUCGUGGACAAGACGAAGGACAUUCAGAUGAUCAUCUCAGGGCCGUUGGUUUACAGUGAGACCUACUGCGUCGCAGAAAAGCUGGGCGUACCAUGGAUACCUGUCCUGUACGGUCCUCUCUACCCCACUGCCGAGUUUCCAAAUUCCUUCGUCAUGGAGUCGAACUGGUUUGGUUGGCUCAACCUCUUCACGUACAACUUCCUUUUCUGGGCCCUCUGGAUGCAGGAGGGUGGUCAGAUCAACCGCUUCCGAGAGAAGCUGGGGCUGUCACCACUGCAGGUUCGCCGUGGGAUGAUGACCUUGAUCGAGGAGAAACAGCUGUUGGUCAUUGGUGGCUUCCACGAGGUGAUCAUCCCACAGCCCAAAGCGCCGGCUGACUGGCCAGAGUCCUUCUUCUUCCCGAAUUUCUUCUUCGUCCCCGACACGCCAGCUGAUGCGGUGCCAAGCUCGCUGAAAUCCUUUCUGGCGCAAGCUGGGUCCAGGCCGGUCGUGUACCUGGGACUGGGCUCCAUGCCCGCGCCAAGGCCGCAGGAGCUGGUUUCCCUAGCGGAGGCCAUCGUCGAGAAGCUGGAGGUCUCGGCAGUUCUUUGUGCAGGCUGGUCUGACAUCUCCUUCAAGUCCCAGGAUACGGAACAGCGGAUUCUCGUCACGAAGUCGGCGCCCCACGACUUCCUGCUGCCGCGCUGCCGCGUGCUGCUGCAUCACGCUGGCGCCGGCACCUGCGCCGCGGCCCUCCGCGCGGGAGUGCCCAGCGUGUGCCUGCCGGUGAUGCUUGAUCAGCCCAACAAUGCCAAGAACCUCACUCGCCUGGGAGUGGCUACCCCGCCGAUUCUUUUCCAAGAUGUAGCAGCUGGCGUGGACCGCGUGGUGGAGUCGGUGAAGACGGCCCUGGAGUCCUCUGAGAUGCGCGCAAAGGCGGAGGCAAUUGCAGGCCGCAUCCGGGAGAGCGACGGCGUCUCCCGGGCCAUCGAGAGGAUCCUUCGGGUCUACCCGGAGGGCCGACUCCCCCAAGAAAGAGCUGCAAUGAAGUCGGGGCAGUUGAGAGGUUGA